UAGUAGGAAUCUGAUACAUCAACCGCUUAUAUCGGAGGGUAGAAAUUACGACACGACUCAAACAUUAAUCUCACCGAAGACAUUGAGAUAUAGAACACGUAAUAAUUCAAAUUCAUAUGUUGUCGAUAUCAAACCCUACCACGUUGUUCUGAAGUUGGGGAUUUGAAUGUUAUGAUGUUAUUGAGAUUCGAGAUACAACCUGACCCUUUGUGAUUUUAUUUGUGAAUGAAGACAUCACACCAUACAUACAGAGAUGUUACAGAGAUUAUCAUUUUCAUACCUUGGAUUUUAAUGCUGGCUAAUUACGUCGUAUUACAAUCAAGCAUUUCAUUCAACUGAAGAACCUCAUCAUAACCGGUCAGUUUAUGUGAAACAGGAUACUACCAUUUACAGUGGAUUUCAACCAUACCUCAUCUGACGUUUUUUGCGAUUAAAUUUUUUUCUCAGAAGGCUGUGCUUUUACGGACGUGAACCCAAAGAUUUCAGUGCAUGGUGCAUCCUUAAGACCGAACAUCAUGAAUAUUUCUCAAGAACAGCUGUCGAGUUAUCUACUUCAAGUAAACUGGGAAGACUUUAUUUCCAAUGGGAUUCCGUCCAUCGUUAUCUUGUCCCUAAUAGCAAUUGUCGGAACUUUUGGAAAUCUGAUCACGUGUCUUGUAUCAUUUUUUCGGAAACAAUCCAGCACACAUCAGACUCUAGUCAUGUUUUUAGCCGCUAUUGAUCUCUGUUCGUGCACAAUAAGCAUUCCUCUAUCGGUGCUAUGGGUACGCUACCCAUACGCAUUUACGUCAUCGGAAGUGUGUAAAAUUUCCCGAUUUUUGUUCAUUUUUCUCGCAUCGUGUUCUUACGCUGUCUUAGAUUUGAUCGCGUUAGAACACUAUGGGAAAGUUGUAUGGACGCCCGAAAAACAACUCACGCCAAUACAGGCAAAGGUCAUUUGUACCUUGGUGUUCAUCUUCUGUGGAGUGGCAGUGGCCUUUCCGGCGUUUUACGUUUUUGGCAUCACUGAGAGAACAACGCCUAUGCAACACCUUAAUGGUUUUGAGUGUUCAGUACUAGCGGAACAGAGAGGAACACUGUUUUUAUCACUUUAUCUUUACUUCUGCAUCCUAUUUUUAUUGUUUGCUUACGGAUGUUGUUUUGUACUGUAUGGACUUAUUGGAAGACGUUUUAUCAUUCUCUCGCGUUCUCGCAAAUUACAGCCCCCUGAGGCAUUUCCAAAAUCUAGUCUGAGCGGCAAUACUAUGGUGGUGGCAAGCGAUUUUUCCGUUUCUUGUAACGAAUCUGAAAAGUGUAACUACUCACAAAAGAACAACCAUGCUCAACAAGUUACUGUAUCUGUUCCUGAAAUCAAAGUAACAUAUGAUGAAAAUGAAGGGUCAGCAUUGCCUUUAACUGCUGUCAGUUAUAGUGACGCACAUAACUACAAGAACUCCAAUACAUUGUCAGAGAACUCUAUCUCAAGUCAACAGGAGUCUCCUGGGCAAUGUCUUGCUAUAUCGAUCCAAAACGCCUCAAAUCCUUUAAUGUGUGAUGUUGUGAGUGUAAAUAAACCAACAUUGUCUCUAUCGUCGACGGGAGAAACAAACAAAUGUCCAUCGAAUACAUUAAGUACAUCUUUAUCGGGACAGGACUUUUCAGAAAGCACAUCUCUUCAACCAACUGCCGUAGACAAUUCCAAUUGUGAUAGAAGCAGUUUUGGCAAGAGCAAAAAGACUGUUAAAUUUUCUACAGAUAUAGAAUUUAAAACAGAGGAUGACAAACCUGUAAGAAGCAUGGAUAAAGUUUCUCUGAUAGAAGAAAAGACCAGAAAAUCGUCCGCGAAAAAAGUUUUUACCAACGCCAAAUUGGGGAAGAAAAUCUUACGAGGAAAGAAAACUACAUUCAUGUUUUUUAUUUUGUCACUGAUUUCUAUUGCAUCCUAUUUACCAUUUUGUGUCAUUUAUGUUUUACGAGACACGGACUGGGAUAUUUACGACGAUAUACGAAACGCUUUAGGCCCAUGGGAAGGAGUCAUGUUGAGUAUCUUGUACGUCAGCCAUGCAAUCAACCCAAUAAUCUACGGCUUUAUGGAUAGUGUUUUUCGCAAAGACUGUAAAAUGUUCAUUGAUCAGGUAAAAUAUUAUGUGUUUUGAUUUUAUUUCGUGACCAUAAA